GUGACACAAAUAGUGAGCCUGGGUUUUGUGGGUUACCUGUGCUCUAGCUAUUUCCUGCGUGCUUUACGGAAAAACACAGCACAGUUAGGGCUUCUUUAUUUGUUAAUCAUGAAAGCAUAUUUGUGCCUCAAUCCACAGCAAUACAUGGAGAAGAUAGAACGGAAAAGUGGGGAAGCAAAAAGAUCAGAAGAAAAAAGGUGGAGAACAUACCGUAAAAUUCCAAAAAUAAGCCCUGGGGCUUAUAUUUUUCAAAGGCCCUUUUUGAGGGGCUUAUUUUUGGAGGGGCUUAUCUUCGGAGGGGCUUAUCUACGGAGGGAAAUUUGCGUUUCAAAAUCGAUUGGGCUAGCCUUAUAGUUGGAAGUAAAUUUACCGUUUUUGUUUUGUUUUACUUUGUAUUUGAGGGCAAUUUUCCAAGUACAAGCCCCCGGGGGCCUUAUAUUUGGAGGGGCGAUUUAACGGAGGGUUUUUUGCGUUACUGGUUUGGGGGGCUUAUAUUUGGAGGGGCUUAUUUUCGGAAUUUUACGGUAUCUGCAACUCCUCAAACUGAAAGUCUACAGUUCGUACCUGAUGGCCGACCAAACCUCUGCAAAGGA